CUCUCCAGGGAGGGGCACGGGAACGCGGACGGGCAGGGCGGAGGGCAGCCCCAGUGAUAGCAGCUCCCCUUCCUCAUGGAUGGCUCCUCCCGCGGCCGCCCCUCCAGGAGACAGCCAACAGAUUCCUGAGGAGGAAUGAAAGAGAUGGAGGAGGAGAGAGGUGCCAGCUCCCUUGGGUCCUGUGUCUGCCAACUACUGCGAAAUACCUCUGAGAAACUCUGCUUCCAACCAAAGGGGACCAUCUGUCCCGAGAACUUCACCUGGGACCAACACCUCCUGCGUGGACUCCUUGGCAAAAUGAAUUGGACAAACUGUGGGUUGCAGGACUCCAGAGCCAGCGAUGCCUUCCUGAACAGCUCCACACCCCUGUUCUGCUCAGAGAACUUCACCACCCUGAAGCCAGAGACUAAACUUGUAGAACUCAGCAGCUUUGGCACAGCAGCCACAGCCAUUUCUGGCUCCAUUGGUGUGGUGGCCCUCAUCUUGCUCCUGGUGGGUCUCUUCUCCAUGUCCCUGAAGAAAUGGAGGCAUGAGAGACUAUUUAAGAAACAGCUGAGGCAUCAGACCAAGUUUCUCCAAAGAUCCUCGGACCUUUCCUGCCGUGCUGAUGCCAUAUAUUCCAAUGUGAUCAACCUGGCCCCCUGGAAAGAGGAUGACUUCGCCGUCUAUGCCAAUGUGCCCCCUUUCGGUCGCCCCAGGAAGACAUCACCAGACCAAGUGGAAUAUGUUUCUAUUGUAUUCCACUGAUGGGAAGCCACUGAGAUGCUUCAGGGCGAAAAGUCGGACCUAUGCCCCAGCUGGAUACUGACACGGCUUUGCUUUAGAUGUAUGUGUGUGUGGAUGUGUGUUAAAAAAAAUUCAUCAAACAUAUUCUGAUGGAGGUAAA